AUGAGCAUCUUAAAGGAAAUUGAAAGGAAAGUGAAAAGUAAAAGCGCGACUACGAAUAUACUAGCAGUUAGUAAAUAUCAGCCUUCUUCAAAGAUUCUAGAGCUUCACGCGGAAGGACAUAGAGACUUUGGAGAGAAUUACGUUCAAGAGCUGCUGGAGAAGAAUACGCAGCUUAAAGACCAUGAUAUCAAUUGGCACUUUAUCGGUAAACUGCAGUCAAACAAGCUCAAGCAGCUCGCUUCGAUUGAGAAGCUCAAGUCGAUCCACAGCUUGGACAGCUUAGCACACGCCAAGAAGCUGGACCAGCUGCUUGACAGGACUAUCGAUAUCUUUAUCCAGCUCAACACUUCCAAAGAACUUAACAAAGGUGGCCUAUACCCAAACACCACGCAGCUAGACGAAUUGGUGGAGUUCCUCUGCCAAUCUAGACACCUCAACCUGGCUGGCCUCAUGACUAUAGGCAGCUACUCACAGUCCACGUCUAACACCUCCGAGAACAACGAAUUCAACACUCUCCUCCAAACUCGCAACCAGCUUAACCACAAGUACAGCCUCAACCUGCUCCUCUCGAUGGGCAUGUCCAGUGACUAUAUGCAAGCUAUAGACUAUCACUCAGACAUUGUUCGAAUUGGUUCUCUCCUCUUUGGUGAGAGACCACAGAAACAGGAUAGACCGGUUUAA